UUGUAAAAAACCCUAAACGGUCUACUGAGCAUUGGUCCACUACUCCCAAGUCCUAACCCCCUCUGCCAAUUUCAACGGCGAACUCCCUCAUUCCUCCGCUGCCAUCUCCGUUCGACGCUCUAUCUGAUUAGCGGAUAGCGAAAAUCCUAAGCAAAAUAUUAUACCGUGUUCUUUAGCGUGACCCACCUUCGUAAAUAAAAACCCUAUGCAACUGCACUAUUCUCGUGUUCGCUUUAAAUCAAACCGCUCAUUCUCCUCAAUCAUACCUCAAUCUCUCUCUCUUUCUCUUUCUGAUCACAAUGUCGACCUUUGGCGCCGCGGCGAAUACGAAUCCCAACAAAUCCUACGAGGUAGCCCAACCACCCUCUGAUUCUAUUUCGAGUCUUUGUUUCAGUCCCAAGGCCAAUUUCCUCGUCGCUACUUCAUGGGACAACCAGGUGCGGUGUUGGGAGAUAACAAGGAAUGGGACUGUUGUCAACAGCACUCCCAAGGCUUCGAUUUCUCAUGAACAACCGGUUUUGUGCUCCGCUUGGAAGGAUGAUGGAACAACAGUUUUUUCUGGGGGCUGUGACAAGCAGGUCAAGAUGUGGCCACUAACAUCUGGUGGGCAGCCAAUGACUGUUGCGAUGCAUGAUGCUCCUGUGAAAGAUAUUGCGUGGAUACCGGAGAUGAAUCUUUUAGCUUCUGGAAGCUGGGACAAGACCCUGAAGUAUUGGGAUACUAGGCAGUCAAAUCCAGUGCAUACUCAACAACUUCCUGAUCGCUGUUAUGCAAUAACAGUGAAACAUCCUCUGAUGGUAGUGGGAACUGCGGAUAGAAAUCUGAUUGUCUUCAACCUGCAAAGUCCUCAGACUGAAUACAAGAGAAUUGUAUCUCCCCUGAAAUAUCAGACCAGAUCUGUUGCUGCUUUUCCAGAUCAACAAGGUUUUUUGGUUGGCUCCAUAGAAGGAAGGGUUGGGGUACAUCACCUGGAUGAUGCACAGCAAAACAAGAAUUUUACUUUUAAAUGCCACAGAGAGAACAAUGAGAUAUAUUCAGUCAACUCCUUAAAUUUCCAUCCGGUACAUCACACUUUUGCAACUGCUGGAUCUGAUGGUGCUUUUAAUUUCUGGGAUAAAGACAGUAAACAGAGACUCAAGGCUAUGCAAAGGUGUAGUCAGCCCAUACCUUGCAGUACAUUUAAUAAUGAUGGUUCCAUAUUUGCUUAUGCGGUUUGUUAUGAUUGGAGCAAAGGUGCAGAAAAUCACAAUCCAGCUACAGCAAAGAACUACAUAUAUUUGCACUUACCACAGGAGUCUGAGGUUAAAGGCAAGCCACGAGCUGGAGCAACGGGUAGAAAGUGAAAUUUCGUGCUGAAGAUCCAUUUUGUUUUGGUGCAGAGAGAUUUUGAAACUGGAAUUAAAAGAUCGGUCAUUUAAUGUUUUUUUUAUAGAACAGCUAUAAUGAGAAGAUUGUAAUUCUUACUUUGAUUUUUUUAUUCUAAAAUUUUAUCUUUAGGUUUACCCAAUUUUCUAUUAGGCUGUUGCUUAUUUUAUCUUUUACAGUUUAUGUUGAUGGGUCAUGAUAUCUUACCCUCUAUUUGUUACGGAUUAAAUACAGUAGAAAUAAAGAAGAGGAUGAGGAAAUAGAGUGGAGAGAUAAAA